GCUGUACAUCGGGCGCUUCUCCGAUGUUGCUUCGCGCGUACAGCCACAGUCGGUGGGUUCCUCCGCUGUGUCCGGAACUGCCAUGAUGAGCGGAAAUGAGCACCGCGUCGAGAGUCUGAGACGAAGCUGACGAGACUCGCAUUUCUCUUGCCUCCAAUACACGAUGUCUGAACACCUCGCGCCCUCUACGGAGCCCGUCGAUGGCCGUCCGGGCAGCGAAGACGAGAUCUCACCGACGCCCAUCGACCCGCCUAGCCGUGCCCCCACCUCCACGGGGUUAAACCACAUCCGCGUUCAUACGGAAGAUAUCAACCCCACAAAGCUCGCCUCCUGGGACGCGACGCAGCGCGCUCUCCUCCUCAAACGCACCUCCGCCCCGCUCGACCCCGACUCGCUCCGCACCGUCGCCGGUAUCGACAUCUCCUUCUCGCUCACCUCCAACCGCGCCGUCGCCGCGCUCGUCCUGCUUCCCUCUCCCCCCUCCCCCUCGACCCCGCCGCUGUAUACCGCCGUACACCGCGCCGAGAUGCGCGAACCGUACUGCGCGGGCUACCUCGCCUUCCGCGAUGUCCCGCUCUACACCGCGCUCUUCGCCAUGCUGAAGGCGGACCGGCCGGACCUGUACCCGCCCGACGUGACGCUCGUCGACGGCCACGGCGUGUGGCACCCGCGCGGCCUGGGCGUCGCCGCGCACCUCGGCGCCUCGCUCGAUAUCCGCACCGUCGGCGUCGCGAAGACGUUCUUCGCGCUGCGGGAGGUCGGGAUCGACGAUGCGGUGUUUAGGAGGAUCGAUGGUGGAGGAGCGGGGGAGGUGGUGGAGGUGAGGGGGACGGACGGGAGGGUGUACGGUGCGGCGGUGAGGACGGGCGGGUCGAGGAAGCACGUGUUCGUGUCGGAGGGGCACGGCGUCGAUUUGGAGGGGAGUGUGGGGGUGGUGAGGAGGUGUAGCACGUAUCGCAUACCGGAGCCGGUGAGGAGGGCGGAUCUGGAGGGGCGGAGGGUGGUCAGGGAGGAGCGGCUGUAGCGGGAGAUGGGCGACGGUGUCCACGGAAAUUCUCGAAGGUGAUGUCGUCGCCUGCUACGGGGACGUUGU